AGAAGACCCGGUGUACAGUGAUAUUGUUGUUCCUUCUCCCCUGUAGGGCUGGUAGUGGUAAUCUUGUUAAGAUAGGGCGCAUUUAAUAUUUACUAACACUAGCUGCUAUUCCACUUUUAUAUUUACUAACACUUAUAGCUGCUCAUCCACUUUAAUAUUUACUAACACUAGCUGCUAUUCCACUUUUAUAUUUACUAACACUAGCUGCUAUUCCACUUUUAUAUUUACUAACACUAGCUGCUCAUCCACUUUAAUAUUUACUAACACUAGCUGCUAUUCCACUUUUAUAUUUACUAACACUAGCUGCUCAUCCACUUUUAUAUUUACUAACACUAGUUGCUAUUCCACUUUUAUAUUUAAAAAACUGACUGCUGAUUGCUUCCAAUCUAGUUUACUAUAAUACAGUUCUUAAAAUUUAUAUAUGAAUUUACUAGUAAUGUUGAUCGGUAAUGAGUUUCUAUUACUAUAGUCUUUUACUAUUAUACUUUUUUACUUUUUAUUAUACUUUUUGUUCAGUUAAUGUUAUUUAGUUAUAAUUUAUAACUAGUACCUCCAAGUCGAAUCAUUGGUAAAAUUGAUCACUUCAGUAAUUUUUGGUAAAUUCUUUAUUUUUGUCAGUACUUCUUCUACGUAUUCCCUCUGCAGAUAAUUCCCUACCAAAUGUUAAAAAAUCCAAUGGAUAUUUUCUACAAACAGUAUGAUAUUCUUUGUGAAACCUUUUCACCAAAUGUUACAAAUAUCUUGCUGUUUACCCAAAAAUUUGAUAAAACUUUCACUGUCUGACGACAAAACGUGAACUCCAUAUCUUUAUCCUCUGAAACUUGAUCUCAUUCUGAAACGUGACUGUGGAUCUCAGUAUCUCAUUUCAGUUUUCUCCGCAUAAUCUCUAACCAGUUAAAAUAGAAAUAGAAUCACCCACACAGUUUUCAGGCGGCACGGGUAGGAAAAACCUUAACCUGGUAACCUUGUAACCUGGUAACCUGGUACUAAUUGGUAACCUGGUAACCUGAUAACUUGGUAACCUUAUAACCUGGUAACUUGGAAACCUGGUUACCCUUUUGCCUGCACAAGAGCAAUUCUAAUAUAACUGCACGUUUUUUGUGAACUAACUGAUAUUCUCAAGGCGAGGGAUGCAGAAGUUCUUUUAUAGAAGUUUUGGUAGUUUUGGUAGUGUCUGUAGUCAUGGUUACACACAUGGGAGUUUUAUUAUUUGCACGCCAGAGUGGAGCCUCCAAUUAAACAAUCAAUUAAAAGGGCUCCCUCACUAAUAAGUAAUCACACCACUUAUUCUAUUCGAGUAUUUUCUCUGAAGUGUCUUCCUGCGCUCUCAGUAAUAACCUCCACUAAAAAGGAACCAGGAAAUCCGGCCAGGAAGUCUUGUAUUUCAUUUCCCAUUUCCCCACAUUUUCCUGCCACGCUCACGGUGCUAAGCACGUGACGAGCCCACGUGACCCGCCUUCGCCCACGUGCACAACUCACGUGACACACAUUCAGCACGUGCACGACCUGGUCUUUACAGAAAAACCCUGAUAAGGGCUGGGGGUGUCGAGUUUCAACCGAGUUUAAGCGAGCUUACCUUCCCUCCUACCUCGCGUUACCAAUACUUUAUCAAGGGCACCCGCAAUCUCCACCGUUACUCUCUCUCUCCCCUCACUGACAAUCUAGCCCUUUAAUCGAAUUUGUGUUCGUUUCUGUAUUUUGAAUUUGAAUCGUGUGCUGCACACAGCUCUCUCUCUCUCCCUCACACUCUCGGAGGUAACCAUUUCCUGGUGAAGAUAUGCUUGUAACCAGUUCUCAACACAACUCUGUUAACAACAACAACAACAACAACAACAUAGGCAGCUCGGUAGUCUCCACCACCACAUUAGUGGGUAAUAUAAAGGAAGAGCCCGGUUCUGGUCAAGGUGGUAUCACCGCUGAGAGAAGUGCUAAACGAAAGCAACGACGUAACAGGACCCAGUUCUCAACCUACCAGUUAGACCAGCUAGAAGCAGAGUUUGACAAGUCCCACUACCCUGACGUUCUGACCAGGGAGGAGCUGGCUAAUGGAUUAGAUCUUACUGAAGCUAGGGUCCAGGUUUGGUUCCAGAAUCGUAGAGCGAAGUGGAGGAAGAAACAGAGAGAGGCUGAUAUGAGUAAUACUGGAGCUGCUACUAAUGUUAACAGACUUAUAUCAGGGUUACCAACAGAAUACACACCAACAGCAGAACCGUGGACAAUGAACAUUCCUACCAUAUCUCACAGCAUCCCCACCAGUCACUACAGUUUUGGAAGCGUGGUACCCUACAGUACGAGCGCCUCUCCCAGCCCCAUGUUUCAGGCUCCCAACUUCACUAAUCUCUACAGCUCAGGAGGACACUUCUACAACAACACGGGCAAUUCCCUGAACAACACCUCCCACCUCCACUCUCCCACCUCCCACCUAACAAACUACCAGCACCAAGGCAGCGUCCCUCCCUCCCUCAUCCCCAACCAGCGCUCUCCAAACCCCCUCUCUACUCUACAGACCCCUCCUGCCACAUCCCCUCCAAAUCUCACUACCUUUGGUGUAGGACACUUGACAGGCAAUAUUCCUGGCAAAAUCCCCGAGUGGCAGAGUCAGAGUAUUGAGCUACUGAGAGCCAGUGCCACCACUGUUAAGCCCACUAAAGUGGAACCUGGGCUCCCACAUAAUGGGUACCAGAUCCCGGCACGAUCCUCCACGUCAUGACGAAACUUAAACACAAGGAAAUGUUUUGUUCAGUAGAUUAUGUUGAUGUUGAGGUUAGCAGACGAUGAUGACGUGUGUUUUGACCUAUGUGAAACACAAGGAAAUGUUUUAUCCGGGUUAAUGUUGUUGGUGUGACGUAUAAUGGAAAAAAAUGGGAAGGUGUAAGAAUAAGUGCUUCUUCUAGGAAAUCUAUUACAAUUCCUCGCUUUCUAUGGUAAAGUGACGAUUAUUUUUAUUUUCAAACGUAUUUUGAUCUUGUUAAAGUUAUAUAAUAAUGAAAUAUGACAUUGUGGAGAUUGAUUACAAAUUGGUAGAUUGAUAUUUGAGAUAACACGAAUCUCUCCGUUACCGAUUUAAUUUUACAUGAUGGUAA